UUUCCCCCAAUGCUCUGUGAAACUCCACUGGCUGCUUUCCUCCUAACUCCUCACUUCAUAGCGCUGCGUACUAAAAACAUCGGACGCUAGGGGAUCAGGACGCACGCCACAUCGCCUCUAUGUGGGCACUUUAACACAUCUUUCGGGUUUUUUUCUCCACUUAAGGGACAGAGGAGGGAGGAUUUUUUUUUUUUUAUUCCCUUUGUGUGAUGAUUGUUUGCACGGCCGAUUAUUGAGUUGGCUGCUUGUUAUUGUGGCUCUUAUUGCCCGUCUUCCUGCGCGCGUUUGCGCUUUUUUCCCCUCUCUCUCUUCCUUUUUUUUUUUUUUUUUUUUUUUGGGAAUCGGCGAUGUCCUAUCCUCAGGGUUACCUAUACCAGCCCCCGGGCUCUCUGGCUCUGUAUUCGUGUCCGGCUUACGGGGCCUCGGCUCUGGCUGCCCCGCGGAACGAAGACUUGGCGAGGUCGUCCUCUGGCUCUGCCUUCAGUCCUUACCCCGGAUCGGCUGCUUUCUCCGCCUCGGCUGGUGCGGGCUUCUCCAGUCCACUGUCAUACUCCACAGAUCCGACCACGGGAUUCCCAUCUUACAUGAGCUCUCCGUAUGACGCGCACACGACGGGCAUGGCCGGAGCAUUAAGUUACCACCCGUACGGCAGUCCGGGAUAUCCGUACCAGCUCAACGACCCGGCUUACCGCAAGAACGCCACCAGAGACGCCACGGCCACCCUGAAGGCCUGGCUCCAGGAGCACAGGAAGAACCCCUACCCGACCAAAGGGGAGAAAAUUAUGCUGGCCAUUAUCACCAAAAUGACGCUGACGCAAGUGUCCACAUGGUUCGCCAACGCCAGGAGGAGGCUCAAGAAGGAGAACAAGAUGACAUGGGCGCCCCGGAAUAAGAGCGAGGACGAGGACGAGGAGGACGGGGACGGCGAGAGGAAAGAGGUGGAGGGCUCGGAGAAAAACCUGGAUAACAGCGAGGCUUCGGCGGAUGAUGAAGGCAUUAGCCUUCAUGUCGACACACUAACGGAUUCCUGCUCCGCGGAGUCUGACGGAGAGAAGGUGAACUGUCGCGUGGGAGAACUGCGCUCCGAACAGAGCGGCGACAAAUGCGAGGAGGAAGGCGAGGAGCAGAACCAGAGGAUCCCUAAACCCGUUACAUCCUCUCCGCUGAUGGGAGUCGAGGCGCCAGUGCUAAGUCAUCACCAACAUCACCACCAGCACCUCCAGCACCUCCACCAUCUCCAACGAGAGGAUUUGGCCCGCAGCCUCAUCGGAACCAGCAAAUCUUCGUCUCCAUGCCUUGAUAACAGAAUUGGACCCGCGCCUCAGAACCCCACAGUGAAGCCCAAAUUGUGGUCGCUGGCGGAGAUUGCUACCUCGGAUCAAAAGCAGCAACACCAGCCGGGGCAACAGGGCUGCCCCUCCUCCAGUGGUGGCCUCCUCACUCCCCCCACACCUUCAACCACCUCCCCAGCUGCCAGCUCCCCUUCCCUUUACCCGGCCCCCUCCAUCCUUGGAAGACCUAUUUAUUACACUUCUCCCUUUUAUAGCAAUUACACAAACUAUGGCAACUUCAGCUCCCUGCAGGGCCAAGGGAUCCUGCGGUACACUAAUUCAUCCGGAGUGAGUCUGGCUGCUGCGGCAGCAGCCGCCGCCGCUGCUGCAGCAAACGACGGUGUGAGCUCUUCUCACCAGGCUGUCGAGGCCGACACAAAUCACAAACACGGGCCAGACUCCCCCCUCGUUAAAAGUAACCCAAACCAGAUUGUUGUUGUAGAGCAGCAACAAUUCAGAUCCGCAAAUUUAGAGGCAAAGAAAGGUACGUAAUAACGUGACGAGGCAAAUCAUAACCAGUUUGUAAACGUAUUUUAUGUCUUGUUGCAUUUUGAGAUUGUAUUUUUCUUAAAGCGCAGGAUAGAAAUGUUGCCUGUGACAGGAAUCCACUUGUUUCCAUUACUUAUGUUUUACCUCUUUGGUAACUUUUUCACUCGCCAAUCAAACGAAAUUGUGCGAGAGCAUGUUAUGACUGAAACGAUUUAUGGAGAUUAGUUUUACAGCGCCACCUACAACAAAAUAAACGCGUAUUACGCGCAACGAUUGAAUUUCCUAACACCGGUCUCGUUUUAGUUUGACCUCCUAUUAAGGGUGACGUCAUAAAAUCAGUGCACAAGCACACCUGUAGCCAUGAAGGAUAGGCCUCAAACGGGCCCCGACAAUGCGCACGAGAGCGUACGCGCGCGCACGGUGGCGGGCCUUAAAAAGUUGCCAUAGCUUUGAGCAGGAAUCCUGUUUUAACGUCUCCUCUCCUGUGUGCGUAAUGAAGUCCAAACGCCAUCAUCCAGCUUUGGAUAAUUAUUGGCACACAGGGUGAGCCAAACGCAAACAAAUCAGCCAGUUUGCUCUGCGCAGUCAUGCAGAUUGCGCAACUUACAGUUGCUGGAUAAGUUUACUUUAUCUUGCGCACGUGGGAAGCUGUUUAACGGUGGUUAGGUUGAAGAUUUUUUUCCCCUCUCUAAUGAAGGU